CGAAACAACCACCGUACGCGACUGUAUCCUCAACCCGACUAUUUUGCGCGACCUGACCGCGUCAAUCAACAUCUUGAAUACGAUUCGCCUCCGCCGCAUUGUCGAAUCUCUGCUGGAAUCGCGCACCAACUUACAAGUACCCACCUAACAAUCCCCAGCACAUACAGCCAGAGCAAAGCACCCUCCUCCACCAUGCCCUACAAUAACACUCCGAUUGCGCCCAACAAGGAGAUUACCGGCCAUGUGUCGCUUCCGUUGGCACGCGUGCAGAAGAUCAUUCAAGCGGACCCAGAGCGUAUCACAACUUCCAAGAACGCUGCCUUUGCCAUCGCACUCGCUACAGAAAUGUUCAUCCAGCACCUCGCAACCACAACCUACAAUGUCGUAAAAGCUGAGCGCAAGCCUCGUCGCAACAUCCAGUACCGUGAUGUCAGUAGCGCCGUAGCAAAAACCGACAAUCUUGAGUUUCUGGUCGAUGUCGCACCUAAGACAAGCACAUGGGGCACUGUAAAGAAGAGGAUAGAAGAAAAGGAGAAGGAAGAUGCGAAGAGGAAGGAGAAGGAAGGCAAGAAGGAUCCUGUAGCAAAUGGUCAGACAAAACUGGGUGCCCCUGUAGAGAUGGUGGAGGGGGAUGCCGCAGACAAGGUACAAACGCCUGAGAAUGGUGCCGUCACGGCUUCGCAGUCGCCGGACAAGCCAGAGGAGACACCCGAUGCCAUGGAAGUCGAUCAGGGAGUAAACCGUGUUGCGGACAGUGAACCAGAGGAAGAUGCUGCAGCCAUGCAAAUCGAGAUGGAGAUGCGCGGUCCACCAAGUCAGCCCCCAGCGACCGAGGACAAGCCUGCCAGCCCAGUAGUUAGGCGGCCGACAGGAGGUUUUACAGCUAUUAACGGUAACAAGUAACUUGAGCUGAUUCAGGACUGGGGGAGAAGAAUUGUUUGCAUUGCAUUUGGCGUUCAGCAGGAUAUACCAUGCCGAGGGUACUUGACGAGUUGACGGAAUUCGAUAUGGGGGUUUGACUAUGCCCGAACGAACAUGAAAGAUCCGUUCUACCGGAUCGCAAUAUAAAUUAAACUAUCACAGACUGCAUCUUCUGCGUGGCCUGGGUAUGAUGCUAGAUUAGAACCGACUACUUGAGAAAAUUGGAUAGUAUGGCUUGAAGCUCCACCG